CCACGACCCGGCGCGUCGUCGCGCUGGGCAUGUGCAACGCCUGCCGCAUGCACGAGGAGAUCCGGGCACUGAGCCUCGAGGCCAUCAAGGAGCAGAUACUGAACAAGCUGGGGAUGAAGCAGGCGCCGAACAUGACGGGCCGAGCGCUGCCGCGCAUACCGCCCAUCUCCAAGCUCAUGGACAUGUACGGCAUGCAGGCGGACCAGCCGCUGGGCCUCGAGCCCAAAAUCACGCAUCACGAAGAGGUCGACGAUAGCGUCGCCAAGACCGACGUAGUCAUUUCCCUCGCUCAGCCACAUCCAAGGCUCAGACACUCGAAAGGCAGCCUCGAAGUGUUAUACUUCAAAUUCUCAGACAAGGUUGUGCAGCAUCGCGUGACCCACGCCGACCUGUCACUUUGGAUCUACGGCUCGCAGGAGAAUCGCGACGAGACAGAAAACGACGGACUGCUCUCGUUGCAGGAUUACGACGCGGACAGUGGCGGAGGUGGUGGUGGCUUUUCGCAGGGCCCGAGCGAGGGCACCGUCAGCAUACUGCUCCAACGAGUGAUGCGUGGACCCACGAACACGAGUAAUCCGCAGCUUGGUCCUCCGCUCCUGGUCAAGUACCAGAGGCCGGUGGGCCGCCGCGGCAUGUGGGUGACCAUACCCAUCAGACGUAUGGUCGCCGAGUGGUUCAAGCAUCCGCGCGACAACCUCGGCGUUGCCAUCAAGAUUCAGAUUCAAAACGGCCGUAAAGUAGCCAAGGGCAAUCGCAUCGUUGCGACCAAUCCCGACUUGGACAUCGGACCCUUCUUAGAAGUCAGGACGCAGCUGGACACGCGACGCGGAUCGCGCAUUAAGCGCAACGUUGGCCUCAACUGUGACGAGGCCAGCCAAGAGACCAGAUGCUGUCGUUACAAGCUCACUGUCGAUUUCGAGAAAUUCGGCUGGGACUGGAUUAUAGCACCAAAAAAAUACGACGCAAAUUACUGCUCGGGCGAUUGUCCGAUGGCGUUUUUACCCGUGUACCCAAACACUCAUAUAGUGAGCUUGGCCGAGCCACCGAACAACACUGGGCCCUGUUGCGCCCCGCGCAAGCUCUCGGAGAUCACGAUGCUGUACUUCGACAACGAAUAUCAGAUCGUUUUUUCACGGUUACCCGGGAUGGUGGUCGAGCGCUGUGGUUGCUCUUAGUCACAUAAAAUGAAAAAAGAUAUUAAUAAAAAUAAUAAUAAGGCGAUCAUCGAUUACAUAAUAUAAUGAUCACGCUCGGAGCUCGACUUUCUGUGAUGUCCGACAAGCGAGUGAGUGCAAUGAGAUUGUUUAACGAAUUGUUGAUUUCGUUUUACCAUCGUAUUCUUUAUACAAAAAAAAAAGAAGAGGACACGUAUG